GUUAGCCGUGGCAGCGGAGCUUCCCAUUGUUGGUCAUUGCAAGAUACGGCCAGAUAUCGAUGCUGCGAGCGAGCCAAUUGAUCCUAGCCUCCAAGUCUCCAAUUCAUCGUUUUUGUUGCCCGCCAUUGCACUAUUUCAACUCCCUGCCAUGGCCAGCAGCAGCAGCAGCAGCAGCAGCAGCAGCCGUCGCCACUCCUCAUCACCUAGCAAUCACAUUCUCUCAUCGCUUCAAUCAUGCCGUGGACUGCAGCCAAGGACUCGCCCAACACCUUCACACGACCCCUCGGUCCCAAUGAGACUUUUAUCAAGUUAGUCAGUGACCCUGGCCACCCCCUGGGUCGGGAACACUGGGCCGUCAACUACACCGUCGCCAUCCAACCUCAUGGGGAUUCGGCGACUGCGGAUCUUCUCCCGCCCCUGAUCCGCUACAGUUGGUUGCAUUUGCGCUUCCAGCACCCAAGUCUGGCUGCGCAUCCCGACGCCUCCAACGCCAAUCUCGUCUACACGGUGCCUGAUUCGGCCGAUGCGCUUAGCCAAUGGGCCUCCGAGACCUUCUCCGUCGAGGCCGACGCCCAGUGCGCCGACGAUGUAAUACGUCGCAUUGCCCCAGCCCCGGACGCUCGACUGUACUACAUCCCCCAAACCGGCGAGCUGCUCCUGCACAGCGCACACUGGCGGAUGGACGGAGUGGGCGGCCUCCUUCUUUUGGGUCAACUGGUGGACCUGAUGGCCUCGCACUGCGAGGAGGAGGGGAAGCAGCAGCUGCGGCCCGAAGACGCGUUUGAGGCCUUCUCCUGGGGAUCGGAGGUAGAGCGGCUUGCGCCCCCCGUGGAGGAAGCAGGCAACAUGCCCCUCGCGGCGACCGAGGAGCAAAAGACCAUUGCCCACGGAGCGGUGGGGACGUUUGCGCUGGCGGCCGGGGCGAUGGGGGUGCCGUAUCUGGGGGACGGCUCGACGGUACCCUCGGGUACACGGGCCGCCGAGCUGCGCUGCUCGCCCGCCAUCACCGCCGCCGCCGUGGCCGCUGCCAAAGCCCGCGGGGUCAGCAUCACCGCGGCGGUGCAUGCCAGUCUCGCCGCCGUCAACUUCCGCCGCGCCAUCGCCGACCACCGCCACCAGGGCCGCCACUACACCAGCACCAUCAAACAGUCGCUGCGCCCGUACCUGCCCCCGCCUUACUCAACCCCGGCCAUGGCCGCCGCGCUCUUCACCUCCGGCUGGCUGGCCCGCGUGGACCCUGCCUCCAACACCUGGGAGGAGAUGGCCCGCAAGUACCAGGCCGAGUACCAGAAAGGGAUCAGUAGCGACUAUCUCCAGGGCCACCGCGAGUAUGCCUCCACCUUGGUCGAGGUCAUUCGCAACCUGCCCACGCCAGAGGAGCCCCCCAGCGAUAUCGAUAUCAGCAGCAUGGGCAUCAUGGAACAAUAUCUGCAGCGCGAGUAUGGCACCCCUGGGCGUGGGUUCAGUAUCACCCAUGCCGGAGUCGGAGUGGAAAUGCUGUCGCGCCAGGGCGUGGUCUUUGUCUGGACGUUCCGGGAUCAAUUGACCCUUCGUCUGGUGUACAACGAGGCCUUCCACUCCCCUGAACAGAUGACGGAGUUCUUGAAGGACGUGCAGGCGGACUUGUUGACGCAAUUGCAAGUGGCGGAGUAGAUGUUGAGAGCGCAAAACAGAGAAUGCGACCGGUAGAAGAGUGUGACAUGUGGGAAGAAGAAGGCAUAAACCACCAACUUACUAUCUCUCAGCCAUAGUAGCCAUAGUAGCCAGUAGCCGUCAGCAUGCAACGAUAGUAUGAAUUCAAUGAUAACAGCUUACUUUCUUGGAA